AUGAAGCCUGCGCCGGGCAAGGAUGUCACCCGGCAGCUGUGGGAGAACUACCUGAAAGAUGGCUUCGUGACUUCUGGAGAACCCCUCCUGGCUUCACAGCCUGAAGAGCUCCAAGUUCGCCCUGAGCCUCCACUGCCGGCCCCGACUGCCCAUGCUCCGCAUUCUCUGGGGUACAUCAAGGGGCAGGCUCGCAGCCUCACGCUCUUGGCCCUCCUGCACUACUGCUACUCCAAGAAUAUUGACUUGAAGGAGGUGCACCCGCUCCUCUGGCAGUCCGUGUGCAGGAUUUACGUCCUGAAGGUCACCUACAGUACGAAGGCAGACGAGGCGUUGGCCAAUAUGAAACUCAGUGCGAGGGGGAGCAUUCGCCGAGCUAACAACCUAGUGGUGACUGUGGUGAUGCUUCACAACCUCUCCAAGCAGGGCUUCGGGGACCUGCAGUCCUUUGCGCGCAGGUGGAAUGCCAUGACCACCAAGCAGCACCAGCUGGUGGGCAAGCGUGCUGUCGCCCUCAAGCUUCUGUUUGAAGUGGCGCCCCGUGCUGGCCUCGAGAGCAUCCUCGAACAUGUGGGAUCGAUGGGCUGGGGCUCCUGUGUGUGGACUGAAGACGUCCUCGCUUCAAAAAAAAUCUACCCGAACCACCAGUUUGCAAGCAAGUCAAAAAAGUGGACUGCCCGUGUCAAGACAAGCGAAGAAUCCUUCUUGCUCAUGGUGGAGCGUGCGCAGAAUUCGUAUGAGAUGAGCAACCCCAACCUCAGGUGGAAGUUGACCCCUGCGAACGCAGAAGCCUUGGCAGAACGCGCGUCUGCGUGUCUUGCCAUGGCAGCCGAGCUACAGCUCCAAGUGCCAAUCCCGGAGCAGAAGAUCAAGGACGCCUUCAUCGAGCAGUGGCGCAUGGGCUCGGAGCACGUGGACUUCGAGCUCCAGGCGGCCCUCAUGGACAAGAGCGAUACUUUCGACGUUGCCAUGCACAUGCCGACGCUCAAGAAGUUGGUUGAUGAACAUGUCUUCUCCACCCCAGUCAGCCUGGCCACAGACGCCCAGCAGGCACUGGACUCCGAUCAAUUCCACCUCUUGAUCAAGCAGUUGGAGUAUGACACGACUUGCUACGAGAAUUGGAUGAAAAAAUGUUCUGGUGUAGUGUGCGCCCGGUACCAUCGGGAGCAGGAGUUCAGGCUGGAGGUGAAGAACAAGUGCGCACAGGCUGCGCAGACCUUCUUGGGCUCGUGUGUGAAGCUGGUUGUGUGGUCAAAAAAGGUGGAGGAUGUGGUGGCAGACGUGAUCGCCUUCAAGCGGGAGGUGAUUAUGAAGAAGGUGGGCGUGAACCCAGGUGAUGUGCCAGUGAUGUCGUUGCUCAACUGGGCUGCCCCGUGUGCCCUGAGCCAGGACAUCCAGGAUAAGCAGGCUACUGUUGUGAACUGGAGCCUCCAUGAGAAUGCGUCCAACUGCACAGCAGUAAUCCUGCCCGUCUUCACCUAUGCGCGAGGCAAGCUCUACUUAGAAGAAAUCAAGGCGCUGCAGUCUCUCGCGUCUGGGGGGCACAACGUGGACUUUCCGUUCUCGAUGGUGUUCAGCAGCCAGUGCGACCCACGCGACUUGCGCCCAAUGGUGUAUGGAGGUCGCUUGGCUUUCCCAGCAGCAGCGACGGACCUUCAGAAGAAUCCAUUCUUCAGCAGCUCUCUCAGGGUGGAUCGUCGGACCAAGGAGGUGCAACAGCUCCCGGGGAAGAAGAUGAAGGUGGUGGAGGACUUGUCUGCAGACUCGUUGCCACCAUCCACAGAUGGUCGGGACUCCUAUGUCCACGGAGCGUCCAAGUUUCAGCAGGUGGGUGUGGAGGCCAGCGUUGCCCUCCUGCAGAGUUUGACAGACGGCGCCAACCUGGAGGGCAUCAAGGCAGUCUUGAUCCUGGACUUGAAUGUUCGUACCGGGGACUUCCUCGAAGCGUUUGUCUCGCACAGGAAGCAAUUCAAUGCUCCCUUCUUCUUCUUUGGAUGUUGCGCCAACCAGGUGGAGAUGGAUUGGGUGCUCCACACGGUGCAGGAGUCCAUUGAGACUGGAUUGCUUGCAGGCAAGGUGGAGAUCCCAGGCUUCACGCAGCCAAGCACCAAGGUCAGCGAUGACUUGCUCGAGCCAUUCCCCCAGCAGCCGCGCCUCAACAAGCUCAUCAUCGGGGGGGCGGACAAGGAUCGCUUGCUCCUUCCAGCGAGCAUCGUGAAGCAGUGGCAAUUCGACCCCACUUUCGGUCCAGAGUUCGUGGAUUGGCUCAACAAAUGGACUCUGAAAUAUGCAGUUGUUGAUGAGGUGCAGGAGAAGGAUCUGAAGUCCGGCAAGCGGCCUGGUGGUGAGGAAGAGGAGCCAAGUCCCAAGAAGCCCCGUACCAGCGAUAAGUACAUUGUCGACGCGAGCACAAUCACGCAGGCCCUGUUGCUGGAGGCGAAGCUCCCAGGCAAGGACACAGCUACGCUGCAGAUUCGCGCAGGUCACACCAUCACCCUCCAGAACAAGACCACUGCCAAGGUGGUGCUCCAGGCCAACACCCUGAUGUGCCAAUUCGGGAAGGGCGGCUUCAAGCUGAUCAAGGGCGAGGACAAUCCUACUGAUAAGCAAUACCCAUUCAUCCUUCGUGACGACAAGACGCUGGUGGUCUUGGGCCAGACAGCGCAGACCCUUGGCAAGGUCAUCGAAGAGCAGCGCCAGACCAAACCAGACUGCCAGAUCUGCUACCACAAGAUUGUGCGCAACGAGGACAACCCGAAGCUCUUCUCCCUGGACCUCUCCCACAAAGUCGCCUUCGAGCCUUCUGUGACGAACCCAGAGGUGUCUGUGAGCAACAUGGGCUGCAAGGAGCCUGCCACGACGUGGUCGAGUGAGAACUUGGGCAUUCUGUGGGUUGUCAGGUGGGGUCAGAAGGGCCUGAUGCCUGUCAAGCCAGCUGUGUACCUCAAGGCAGGUGUGAGUUUGGAGCCCGGCCAGGCUCUACUGUGCACCUCUACUACGGAGCCUCAGUGA